CAAGAACAUAUUAUUGCAGAGAUGAGAUAACCAAUGUUACCAAACGCGUGCAUUGCCUAAAUCUUUUCCCUCACAAGUCUCCCUUCUGAUCAGCUCUAACCUCUCUCUCUCUCUCUCUCUCUCUAAUAGAUACCCUAGUAAUCAAUUUCUUUAGAGAGUACACUCGAAAAAACAACUCUUGAAUGGUUGAGACCGUCUGGACUCUCAUGCUUUCAUCUCCAUCAUCUGCGCUUACUGCGCAAUUUCAUCUGAUUCUCUUUCCCUCUCUUCUUCUUCUCCAACCCUUCCUUUCUUCUUCCUUUGGUUCCCGCAAGGAAGCCUGGUAUUACCGCUGCCUUGGCCUUGACCCCUAAAUCUAUCAAAUCCCUUUACCCUUCCACCUUUUAAUUCGUUAAUUUGUAGCUUUUUUUGUUUGUUAAUUCCGUUUAAGAUGAAGGGAAGUAGUGUGUCGGAGAAAAUGAUGGGUCACAAGCAGCAGCAGGAGAAGAAGAAGAAGAAGAGUUUCGAUCAAAGUAGUCGUCAGGUUUCGAAGAAAAAUAGGUUCUUGAUCACUGUGAAUGUUCUGGGCAGCGCCGGGCCGAUAAGGUUUGUGGUGAAUGAAGACGACCAUGUUUCGGCUGUUAUUGACACAGCUUUGAAGAUCUACGGCCGUGAAGGACGCCUCCCAGUUCUUGGUUCUGAGGCCAGUGGCUUCCUUCUCUAUCCAGUCAAUGCAGGAUCAGAUGCUUUGAAUCCAUCGGAGUCUAUAGGCUUGUCUGGGGCAAGGAAUUUUAUACUGUGCAAGAAGCAGAUCCAACCACAGAUGACAGAAGCGAGGUCAGAGAUGAUCGCCCAGAAGAGAAGCAGUAGCUGGAAAUCAUGGCUCAAUAAGUCCUUUAACUUCAACAUAUUGUCUCAUUAAGUUAAUCAUCUUUAAUUAAGUGCUGCUGCUGCUGCAAUGUUACUUACAAUAUUAAUUAGCUAAAGAGGACGGCUGAACAACUACUAUUUAGCGAUUACUGCUCCUCCAUGCUUUGAACUUCUUGUGGUUUCUUAUCAUUAUUGUGAACUUUCCAUGUUAUGAACGCCUAAGAUUUACGUACAAGGUUUGUCUUUUCUGAUUGUUU